CAGGCGCCCUCCAGUAAGCGCAAUAGAUCGGGGGAAAAUACGCCCAACCAAUACGCAAAGAGGGUCAGAACGCAGGGGCCUUCUUUUGCUGAAGUAGCCAAGGAGCAGAUCCUGCUCGGCGUCAUCGAUGAGAGCAAUGAAGACAGCCUCACCCUGAGGCAGCAAUGGAAGUGGGUUAAGGCCGCGAUGGCCGACAUUGCUAUCAACAUUAUGUUGGAGAAUCCGGGACCUCCGCCAACCUGCAAGGGAGCGGGGUGGUUCCAAAAUAACAUCCGCGUUAUAGCAUGCGAGGAUGCCAGAUCAGCGGAGAUCUACAAGAAAACAGUUGCAGGUAUUGGAGAAGUCUACCCUGGUGCGAAGCUCAGGGCGGUCGACUUCAAGGACCUACCGGUGCGACCGAGAGCGAGAGCAUGGUUGCCUUGCAAGCCAGCGGAGCCAGAAAGGAUCCUCCAAACCAUAAGGCUCUAUAAUCCGGAGCUACCUACCGAUAAUUGGAAGGUGGUCAAAAUCAACGAAAGCGGUAAAGCGACGAUGCAGGUUGUCCUGCUUCUAAAUAAGGACUCCAUAGAGUUGUUGGAGCAAAAGAGCGGGGUCAUACGUUACGGCUGUGACAUGGCCAAAAUUAAGGUCUACAGCAACGACGUAAACGCAGCGAGGAACCUGAUCGCGGAGGUAGAGCCGGAAGAGGCCAACAGCGACGUGGAGAUGGAGGAAGAAUCCGAGCAGGUUGAUCCGAUGGACGACCUGACCGGGGGUUAUGCCUCAUCGACGUCUUCGCUGGGGGUCGGACGCAUGCUUCGGCUUUAUACGGAGGAGGAGUUGAUCGAGAUGUCGGAAGACGCGGUCAACUCCACCCUAAUAGGCGACGUGGGCGAUAACGGCCAAGAUGGUGAAGGUACUGCAGAUUAACCUUCACCACUGUAAAGCAGCUUCAGCUGCACUGCUGCUCCGUCUAACAGCUAAAGGGGCAGCCGACAUCGUCCUAAUCCAAGAACCUUGGGUGGUGGGACAAAACAUUUGUGGGCUUAAAGCGCCGGGCUACAGACUGCGACGAGGACACAACAGCGGUCAGUCUAAGUGCAAACGGACGACCAAUUAGGAUGGCAUCCAUGUACCUAGCGCAUGACAAGGAGGUGCC